UAGUCAAUGGAGUGCCACGUAGGCACCACGUCAGCUAAAACCGGGGACAAUACUGCGGAGGGACCUUGCUUGCACUGUUUUGUAAGUUGGGUGAUGAGUUAUACCCGGUUUUGUGGUGUAGGGGCGAAUUUUGAACUCGGUGACAAAUUGAGGGACCUAAAGUGAACUUAUUCCUUUAUUUAUCCCUGCUUCCUGGGCCAUUAUGGGCUGACUCUGACUGGGCUUGACAUCCUGCUAUAGUCAAGCUGAAAAGAGCAGAAGGCCUCAUCCGACGGACACCCUAGGGCCUGGCUCUCCCGCUCCACCUCCCCGCGGCCGCCGCUCGCCGCUCUCCGCCGCCGCAGAGACAUGGGGGCUUACAGGUGCGUGUCGGAGCUAUGGAGGAGGAAGCAGUCGGACGUGAUGACGUUCGUGCAGCGCGUGCGGUGCUGGGAUCACCGGCGGCAGCCGGCCAUCGGGCGCCCCACCCGCCCCGACAAGGCCCGCCGCCUCGGCGACAAGGCCAAGCAGGGCUAUGUGGUUUUACCGUGUCCGAGUCGGCGUGGUGGCAGGAAGAGGCCAGUGCACAAGGGUAUCGUUUACAGCAAACCCAAGCACCAGGGUAUCACCCAGCUCAAGUUCCAGAGGAACAAGAGGUCAGUUGCUGAGGCUGCUGGGCGCAAGCUGGGUGGACUCAGGGUGCUCACCUCCUACUGGGUGAACGAGGUAUAUAGCUUGAUUUACUUUGAGAUCAUCCUUGUGGAUGUUGCUCACAGCGCCAUCCGCGACGACCCAAGGAUCAACUGGCUCUGCAAGCCUGUGCACAAGCACGGCGAGCUCCAUGGUCUCACCUCUGCUGGCAACAAGUACCGUGGCCUGCGCGGCAAAGGCCACACUCACCACAAGGCUAGGCCUUCUUCCCCAAGGGCGACCUGGAAGCGCAACCAGACCGUCUCUCUUCGGCGCUACCGUUAAAAGCUUAUAUAUGCUUUCUUGUUUUGUUAUAGUGCAAUCCGUUCAUCUUUGGUGUUUGUGUUUCUGAACGACUGAACUAUCUUCUAGACUAGAAGAACGGACUCAUCUUUUCGUUUAUGCUUAUCAGUCAAAAUUUGAAUUUUCAACCUUAAAUUUGAAGCCAAUUUUGAGGUUCUCAUCGAAGUUUAUUUUUCAGCCUUUGCUUUUACAUCGCUAAGAACAUAUAUAUAUAUAUAUAAAAGUUUUAUUCACAAAUUACUUUUUAUUUGCAAAUAUACCGUUUGGCUUAUUCCGCAUAUAAGCGGAGCUCGAAA